AUGGCGACCCAUCGCCAUUCUGCCCCCAUCGGCGUCCUUCCCGUGCCUCACGGCCCCGAGACGGGCGAUGACUACCCCACGGAGCAUACCACCGAAUACGAACGCCAGAUUUUCGGCCAUGUCACGCGCCCCGACGACUCGUAUACCCCCGACGGCGUUUAUUGGGCCGACCUGCCCUGGUGGAAACGCGUCAACUUCGUUAGCAAGGUCGACCGCGAUGAGGCCCUCAAGGAGCUCAGGGCCACCGCAGCCAUGAUGAAGAAAGACCCUCUGUCGCCCGUCUCCUGGUAUUUCCGCAACGCCGUUCUCCCUGGUGCCGGUCUCGGUCUCGAGGGCUACGUCUUGUUCUCCAUCGGUAACUUGGAGCCGCUCUUCGCUGCCGUCUGGCCCGAAUGCUGGGGAAAGUCGCACACCGUCUGUACCCAGAACUGGGUUGCCUCCGUUACCUACCUCGAGAUUGUCGGUAUCAUGAUUGGCCAAGCUGCCAUUGGUGUUAUCGGUGACUGGAUUGGUCGUCGCUACGGUCUCAUUCAGGACGCCGCCAUCAUGUUCAUCGGUCUGCUGCUCUUGACCGGCAGCUGGGCCGCCUCCCUCCAGGGUUGGGUCAUUUUCUACGCCUGGUCCCUCUUCUUCUACGGCUUUGGCGUCGGGGGCGAAUAUCCCAUCACCGCCACCUCCUCCAUGGAGAACGCGGUGGCGGCCGGCCGCAUGUCUACGCGCGAUGACCGCCUGCACCGCGGCCGCAAGGUCACCAUGGCUUUCUUGAUGCAGGGCUGGGGCCAGUUCGUCAACCAGGUCGUCCUCAUCGUUCUGCUCGUCAUCUUCAACCGCGGCUACGGCGACGGCCCGUACUCCGUCGCCGCCGCCCAGUACACCUUCCGCAUCUCGUUCGCUCUGCCCGCCAUUGGCACCCUGUGGCUCGUCUACUACCGUAUCUGGAAGAUGCCGCGCGCGAACCAGCAGCUCGCCCUUGCCAAGAAGAAGCAGGGCGUCACAGGCUACGACAUCAACGCUCUCAAGUACUGCUGCCAGCACUUUGGCGGCCGUCUCCUCGCCACCGCCGGCACCUGGUUCUGCAACGACGUCUUCUUCUACGGCAACAAGCUUUUCCAGGGCCAGUUCAUCUCCAUCAUCUCCAGCAACCCCGACUCCCUCCUGACCAAGUGGACCUGGAGUCUGAUCAACGUCGUUGUCUCCCUUUGCGGCUACUACCUCGCCUCCAUGCUCAUCGACAACAAGCUCUACGGCCGCAAGAUGAUGCAGCAGGUUGGUUUUCUGAUGUGCUUCAUCAUGUUCGUCAUCCCGGCCUUCAACUUCGACUACUACGUCAGUCCCGCCGGCGUCCACGCUUUCCAGGCCAUGUACUUCCUCAGCUCCUUCUUUAACCAGUUCGGCCCCAACUCGGUCACCUUCCUCGUCGCCGGCGAGGUUUUCCCAACCCCCAUCCGCGCCACAGCCCAUGGAUUUUCCGCUUGUAUUGGAAAGGCCGGUGCCCUCCUCGCCUCCGUCCUGUACAAUUACAUCGACACCCAGACCAAGUUCUACGUCGUUCCGUGGUUCGGUCUUGCCGGAAUGCUCCUCACCUGGCUCUUCCUGCCCGACACCACUGGCCUGGACCUCAAGGAGCAAGAGCGCCGCUGGACCUACAUCCGCAAUGGCAAGGAGGCCGAGUACCACGGCGUCGCCGUACACCCCACCCAUCUCAGCGUCUGGGAGCGUCUCCGCGGCGUCGGAAAAUACUACGACGCCGAGAAGGACCACAAGGCGCAGAUCGAGGACAUGCGCAAGGAGUGGGAGGAGAGGCAGGCGAUGCAGGGCGAGAAGGAGCCCGAGGUAUGGGAGGACCCGGACAUGUUCUCUGAGGCGAUGCACGGCUACUUCAAGGACCAGUACAAGGGCAAGAGCUCCAACGGCGUCAUGACCGACGCCGCCGAAGCGUCUUCGUCGUCGUCUGCAAGGGAGAAGGAGGCGGGUGACCAGAUCCAGCCCAGCCCCGUCAUUGAAGCGAGGACGGAUGUGGAUGAGAAGCGGGCCUAA